UUGAGCACGAGAAUGAUAUCAGGUGGCUGGAAAAUCACAAAGUGAAAAUCCAACUAUGAAGGGACCUUCACCAUCAGAGGAAAAGAUGUCAGCAAAUACUACUCAUUCAGAAAUUGAAUCUCAUAUGGUUCCGUCUGAGCUUGAAUCAUCAUCAAGUCAAAGUUCAUCCACCAACUCUGUCUCUCGGUCAGUUUUGAAUCCUGGAGAAACUAGUAAUAACAUGACAAUGGAAAUAGUGUCCAACGAGUCUGCAGACUCAACAGAUGUCUCUUCAGCUAAGCAACCAAGUGUCAGUACAGAAACUACAAAUCCAGUAAAGCCUAUUGAAGCUAAUAGUAACACAAUAAUGGAAGUAGUAUCUGACACCAUUACAAACCCAGCAACAACAAAUGUCUUACUGAUCAAAGAAUUGAACUCUAGUAAAAAUCAUGCAAAUGGUAUGAAUGUUGUAGUAACUACAAGUUCAGUGCAAAAAGAAGUAAACCAUAACAUAGUCAGCAGUGCCCUGACAUCACUCUCAGGCUAUGGGCAGUCAGAUAGUGAGGAUGAUAGCAUGGAAGAAGACCCUGCACCUGCCUCAGUCCUGACCACAAAUGCCGCCACCUUGCAGAACAGAACCGCUUCAGAAGGCACUCCGUUAAAGUCAGCCUUACCUCACCAGUCUGUUAAUGAUGGGAAAGUGCAGCAGGUGUCGCAGCUUCCCCUGCAUAAGGAAGAUCAGAGCCAUAAUAAUGGCCAGAGCAAAGAGCAGACCUUUACCAGUAUUGCGUCAAGUAAUAAGACCAAUCCUGAGGUUGAGGUUUUGGGUGUUGUCAAUUCGGGUAAUUACAGAUUCACAAUUGAUGUCGGCAGUGGAACCGAUGACUCAGAGAGUGACUCGAAUAUGUCAUCUUCAUCAUCUUCAUCCUCAUCCUCAUCAUCUUCUGAUAAUGAGAGUGACUCUGAAGAAGUAAUACCCAAGAAUCCUGUUGUUGAACAGGUUCAAAAGUAA